CUCAAAUCAUAUCUCAAUCAGAAUGAAGUCGACGGAAUUCCUUUUGGUCCUCAUUGGACUUAUUGCCUUUGUAGCUGUUUCUCAAGCUGCUACCGACUAUUGUGAUAAGGAGCUUUGUGGAACUGCAAAGCACAUUGCUUGCAAUGCAACAGGGCAAUUUGCGAAAACUUGCUCCUCAGAUAGAAAACUUGUCGAAAUGACUCCAGACAUAAUCAAAGCUAUAUUGGCACGAGUCAAUAAGCUUCGAAACACAUUGGCAAGUGGAAAUAUUACAAAAUUCCAACCAUGUCCAAGAAUGGCUUCGGUCCAAUGGAAUGCUGAACUAUCCACACUUGCCAAAUAUAAUUGUCAAACUUGCAAAUACGCUCAUGACGCAUGUCACAAUACCAAAACAUGUCCUCAAUCUGGACAAAAUAUUGGCAUUGUAUUUUCUGAUCAACCACUUACUAAUUCACCACUUUCCAUGAUGCUUGGUAUUAUUGACGAUUGGUGGGCAGAAAAUAAAGACACAACAAUGAAUGAUAUCAACAAAUAUCCUGAAAAUCCAAAAAAUGUAAUUGGUCACUUUACGGAAAUGGCAAUUGCAUCUAAUAAUUUAAUGGGGUGCUAUGGUGCUACUUUCAAAUCCGCACAAUUCAAUAACAACUAUGCAUUUUAUUUUGUUUGCAAUUUUAAGAAGAUAAAUAUUAUUAAUGGCCAAAUUUAUCCAUCUGGAAAAAGUGCAAGUAAGUGUACGUCUGGAGCAAAUUCAAACUACAAGGCAUUAUGUUCUGAGAAUGAAAAAUAUUAAAAGUGAAUUGUGAAUGAGACCGACGACGAGACGAUAUUCCGAAACGACCACCUUUUAAAAAUGUUUAACUUUUUUAUUAAAAAAAAAACAAUAUGAAUAGUUUUUUGAUGUCAGCAAGUCAAACGUGUAAAGAAAUUAUUUGUUAA